GUGAGGGACAACUAUCUCAAGCGUCCACCCGGCGGCGAGCCCAUUAAGUUGAGCACUUGCUUGCGGUUUGUGCGCAUGCACGACCUGGCAGACCGCAUUGCUGACGAAGUGCUGCUGACACCCGUUCUCUACUCCAUGCAUGAUGGCCAGCCACAGCAUGCCUACAACCUGGGGGAAGGCGAUGUUCGACUGCAACUUCGGCUCGUGUCCUUUGCCAUCUGCAAAGGGAAGCGGCUAGCUGCUGGCCGGCUGAUUGAGCGAUUUGGGUUGCUGGAUUUGGGGCUGGAGGACUUGGAAUUGCCCUGCUGGUCCGAAGCCCAAGGGCGCUUUCGGGAUGUGUGCCAAGCCUGUGUCCGGGAGGCAGAGGAGGCCGAGGAGAGGGAGCUUCGAGCUGCCAGUGAUCGGAAGAUGGCGGCGGCGGCAGAGGAAGAUGCAUGCUGCCUGCAGUUGCCUGAAGCCGUGGCAGCAAAUGUGUUCCUGGUGUCCACCGAAGCAGAGUUGCAAGAGAUCCGGGUUCGCCUCCAAUCUGUGGUGGAAAGCGCUCCAGCGGAUGGGCCUGACGCGGGGACCUUGCUUGGCAGGCGUGGCGCUGCCAUCGGCCUAGACACAGAGUGGAAACCUUUUUUGGAGAAGCGCGGGGGCAUGCAGAAGCAUCGAAGAAGCAGCCAGUCAGUGGUGUCCAUGGAGCCUUGCUCCACUCUCCAAGUGGCCGCGGAAGACUUCGUUGUUGUUUUCGACCUGCUGGCUUUAGCACCAGCAGACCGAGGCACUGCACAGACGUUGUCGGCGAUUCUGACUUCACUCUUCAACCACCGUGGGAUUGUGAAGUUGGGCUUCGGGCUGCAAAAUGACUUGCAGCGCUUGGCUGCAUCGUACCCCCACUUGGACUGCUUCAAGCAGAUUUAUGGCACGCUGGACUUGCAGGAAGCGUUGAUGGAGGCCCGUCGUAACAAGGGGCAGACAACCGGCCUGUCUUCUUUGUGCUUGGAGUUUCUUGGGUCUCCGCUAAGCAAGCGACUGCAAACCAGCGACUGGGGCGCCCGGCCGCUUCGCCCGGAACAGCUCUCCUAUGCGGCCCUUGACGCACAUUGCCUGCUGACCUUAGCAAGGACACUGCACAGCCACGACAGGGAGCCUGCAAUAAAGGCUGCCAUGCGGCUACAGGACCUGAAGGUUCACUCGGUGGCCCAGAAGAUGGUCGUCUCCGUAGCAGGCGUUGCAUUGCCAGCUGCGACGGUGGACGCAGAAGCCGUUGCCAAGGCCAGCCAGGACAUCGCCCUGAAAGGAUCGGAGAUACGUGCGAUGAAGGCAGCAGGCAAAGCCAAGUCCGCAUGGCAAGCCGAGGUGGCUGUGUUGCUGCAACUGAAAGCGCGAUUCCGGGAGCUAGCUGGUGUCGACUGGGUACCCCCUGUAUCGCCUGCUGUCAGCUGA